GAGCUCGAGAAACAGCCCUCCCACAGCAACUUAGUACAUACAGCAUUCACAUUUCUACACUCCGGAAAACCCUUUGUCAUGAAGGUCGACGUGGACGGGCGCCUCGAAAAAUGGGACAAACACAUCAUGUCCAAAGUGAGGUUUGGGGACAUGGGGAAUAAGGCCAGGGAUAGCCAGGCUGUCACUCUGGUGGACUUUGCCAAUUCCUUGAAAUCCGAGCGACGUCUAGACGAGAUAGCCCGUGGCUUACCACUGGCCAUGCAGAUGAAGAACUUCGAGGAGGUUGCACCUGUUUUCCCAAGACCAGUCACGAACACGACUUUUCACAUCGCAUCACAUCCUACCAGCACCGCAAACGAGGACCAAGCCACGAUUACUGCGGCACCAGUUGCUGGCAGCACACAGAGACCCGUGCCAGCAGUCUCACAACCUCUCCAGGACUAUAGCACCUUCAACGAGCAUUUGCUGCCGGAGAACCCGACCCAACAGAAGCAGCCGUCUUGGGUCCACCAGGACACCGAUAACGAGCCAACAAUCCAAAACCUCGCGCGCAUCAUGCGGGAUCUCUCAGACCCUGAGCCCAUCUAUGGACAGCCUCAUCACCGUGCCCCUCCCGCAAGCGUUGACGACGCGGACACGGUCGUCGGCAGCAAUGAUGGAAGGGAAGACACUGGCACACAGACAGUGCCCAAGCAAGGGGUUGCUACUCAGGCCAUGGUGUUGAAUGACACGGAUCCCCAGGCUCUGGUCAAAAUACUCCAGAUCCCUGCCGUCCUCAGCAUGCUUCGCAUGCUAAUAACAUUGAUGAACCUCAUCGGUUACGUUCCGGCGGCUAGUGAUGUCGAUAAGAAGCAUAGAGGGAGCAGUUAUAUAGUAGUGUUCAAACUUCAAGUUGAACUUGCACCCAAAGGUUGGUAGGGCUUUCAAGUUUCAACAAGCCCCUUAAAACGGUGGACUUGGCGGCCCCACAGGGACCGUUAAGCACUUAGCAUGUGAUUGGCCAGAGCGGCUCAAGCGAUGACCUCAACUUCCAAACCGCCGGCAGUACAGAUCAUGAUCCCGGCUGACCAAACCUCAACACCAAAUAACAACCCAUCGCCCACACCGGAAAGCCAAACGCCCAAAAUGACCGAUAUAAUGGCGCAAUCAUCACAGGCACAACCGUUCACCCAACCGUUCGUCUCCAAGUGGGCAUCAAGAUAUCGCG